UCGCGACUCUCAGGCAGAGAGCAGCUAGCUGGGGACCUGUGGGAGUGACGGACGCAGGCGAGCGCAGCAGCAGCGGGACAGUCCGGGCCGCGGAGAGCGCCAUGGCGGAGUGCGCAGCUUUAUCUUCACAUUACAGAACAGUGUUGGGAAUCCUGCUCACCUGAGGAGCUGCAGGAAAAAGUUCUAGGAGUGCUUCUGAUUGCUGCUGUCCCUGGGUCCCUGCCUGCCAGUCACUAUGUACUGCCUUCAGUGGUUACUGCCUGUCCUCCUCAUUCCUAAGCCCCUCAACCCGGCUUUGUGGUUCAGUCACUCAAUGUUCAUGGGCUUCUAUCUGCUGAGUUUCCUCCUGGAGCGGAAGCCAUGCACAAUCUGUGCCUUGGUCUUCCUGGCAGCCUUGUUCCUCAUCUGCUACAGCUGCUGGGGGAACUGCUUCUUGUAUCACUGCAGUGGCUCCCAGCUGCCUGAGUCUGCUCACGAUCCCAGCAUAGUCGGUACCUAAAAGUUCCUCCAGCUUGCUGGCAGCUCUGGGUUUGCUUUUAAAGAGGGGCGUUGGGUGAGGUUGGGGGCGGGGGGAGGGAGGGCUUGCUAGGCACGUGACUGGAGUACAAGCAGCCUGUUUUCUAUAAAGUGUGUGGACUACAGCGGCAAAUUCCUGACCAGCCCUCCCACUUUGCCUAUGAAAUUUGAUGUCAGUUGUUUACUGUGUGAAUUCUGGCACUGCUACCUGCUUUUAGAAGCAGAAGAGUUAUAUGUUUUCCUUUCCCUUAUUUCUGGGAAUGGACACUGGCCCUCCCCUCUGAGAAGUGGUGGAAGAAGGACCUGUCCAGCUGUUGCGUUGUGGUCAUCUGUGUUUGUCUCUCAAUUGUCUGUAUAAGGCCACGGCUGUCUCUGUGGGAGCCUUGGGCCCACCAUUCUGCUGAAGCAGUUAGAAGAUUCUCCAUGUUGCUGUUUGCGGGGAGAUAGUCUUCAUUGCACUGCUGUUCAAGGGGACUUGCAACAGUUAACAGAUGCACUCA